AUGAGACUCGAUCACCUCCCCAAGGAGAUGGUUCUGGAAUUUGUACCUUUCCUCACAAGGCAUGAUCUCGCGCAACUGGUGUUGGUGUGCAAGUCCUGGUACUCCCUCUUUAUCCCACAUCUCUAUCAUCAUGUCAUGCUUCCCCUGAACGAUUACUGUGGGUCUGGCUACGGCCGGAUGCGUUUCGGAAAACCAGACCUUCCCGUGCGUCGGUUCACGAUGGCUCUGAUUGAAAAUCCAAGUCUCGCUCUGCUGAUUCACUCCCUCGAGCUGUACCCGAGCGAUUGCGAGGGGAAAUGGCAGAACCGACCCCCGCUGCAGCCGCUGACCGAAGACAAAUAUCGUCUCUCGAUGUUGCCCCAUGGGGAUUCGAAGCGCAAGUAUCGUCGGAAGUUCCAUACCUGGCGCCGAGACCUUAAACCCAGAUCGGAACGACAGGACUGGUAUCGAGACUGGCGAUAUGACGAUGCUUGGCUCGCCUUGCUCGUAGUCCAAGUCAAGAAUCUUGAAAAAUUUGCCAUGGAGUUACCGGAAGAGUGGUUUCACCUGACUGAAGACUGCCAACUAAAGAGAUCCGUCCACUUUGAACGGGUCAUUCAAUGGGCGAGCAACCCCUCGUUGGGAGUGCUCACACGCCUCUCACACGUCUCGUUGACCAACGGCCCGGCGUUUUGGGAGCCUGGGACUGCCGUCAACGCGAUGCCAUUGCACCGACUGAUCCCCUUUCUGCGAAUUCCGUCAUUGCGAAAGCUUUACGUGAAAGAUGCGUGUGAUCGGUUACGAUUCAAAAUACCAAGAGACCUGGCCCGUCAACUGACUCAUCUUGACCUUGAGGCGCCUGGUGGGAGACUGCCGAAUCUUCCUGGUCUGCUGGAGAGGUGCACCGGCCUGCAAUCGUUUACCCUCGAACAGGACGACUGGGAGGAUGGUCAUAGACACGAUUGUCUCGACUUUUCGUCCCUAUACCGGCCUUUACUACAAUCUCGAUCUUCGCUGCGUCACUUGAAGAUCACAUUUCCGAGCACCCGAUCUUGGCAGGAUGCCGAGGUUCCCAAGCCGGUCUUCUUCGGGAGCCUGGCCGAGUUCCCAAAUCUCCAGAGUGUCCAUAUGCGAUGGAAUAAUCUAAUGCCAUUUUUCGGGAACGGGAUCUCCAGUGCCCCAAAAUCGCUUCGCGGGCUGCUUCCAUGCUCGCUUAAGCAUCUUUUUCUCGAAGAUUGCCUCAUUCAAAGCACCUGGCUUCUGUGCGAUGAACUGGAAGGGCUAUUUAUCCAUUUUUCAGAGACGCUUCCCUUGCUCGAGACGCUUUAUCUACGCUAUGCCGCGAGAGAGCAAGUCUGCGGACAAGGGUGCCGAAAUUGUGCUCGUGGUUGGUCCGAAUGGCAAAUGAUGAAACCAGAUCCUGUACUCAACGGUCGCCUGCUCGAAUUGCAAGAUAAAUUCCGUGGAUUAGGCGUGGAUUUCCACGUCAUCAAACAAGAAGUCCCCGUGAAGUUCCCUCAGGAAAGUGCCAUCCGGAAGAAGUGGCUGUGGGAAAGAUCCGGAAAAUUGCGAUAG